AUGUUUAACAAUUCUAAUGGUAUAAAUGUUGGUCAAACUGAUAGGGCUUAUACAAAUACUGGUUAUAAAAAUUGGAAAGCGGCUACCAUCAAAUUUAAGGCUCACCAAAUCUCUAAAGUACAUUUAAAUUGUGUAACAUCCCUUUCAAAUUUUCUUCAUUCAAAACCAAUUGAUGUAUUGUUAGAUGAAGAAAGAGAAAAUACCCGAAGUCAGAGAGAAAAACAAAGGUUAAUAAAUAGGCAAGUAAUUCAACGUUUAAUAGACGUAACACUUUUUUUAGGCAUUGGCGGUAAACCAUUUCGUGGACACAGUGAAAAGAAAAAUGAUAUUUAUAAAGGUCUAAUUUUAGGAAUAGUUGAUCUUUUAAAAAAAUAUGAUCCAAUAUUAAAAAAGCACUUUGAAACAGGACCUAAAAAUUCUAUAUAUUGUAGUAAUUACAUACAAAACGAUCUCAUUGCGUCCAUCAUCAUUGUGAUUAAAAGACAAUUAAAAGUUACGUUAGUAAAUGAAAAAGUGUCAAUAAUGGCUGAUGAGACUAGUGACGUCGGUCACCAUGAACAGUUAUCUGUUGUAAUUAUAUAUUUUGAUAAAUUCAAAAACAGACCAAUAGAACAGUUUGUGUGCAUGAAGAGAAUGAUGACAGUUGAUGCCACAAGUAUAUUUAAUGCUUUAAAUGAUGUAGUUGAAGAGUAUGAAAUCAAAUGGGAAAAUGUUAUUUCUACUUGUUUUGACGGUACUGCAACUAUGUCUGGAAGUAUAACAGGAGUUCAGACAAAGUUCAUGGAGAAAAAUCCAAAAUCUUUUUUUGUGCAUUGCUAUGGCCAUUGCUUGAACUUAAUAUUAGUUGAUUCUAUUGGCAAAGACAAUAAAUAA